AGCUCAGCUCCCCUGAGCCCCGCCAGACCCCGCUCCACCCGCGCCCCGCUCCGCUGCCCAGGCGCCCGCUGCCCAGGCGCCCGCAGGCCCGGAGUCGGCCCCGCUGAACCCUCCCCGGGGGCCAUGGGGGCGCCCCCGGGCUACCGACCCUCGGCUUGGGUGCAUCUGCUGCACCAGCUGCCCCGCGCCGACUUCCAGCUCCGCCCGGUGCCCAGCGGUUUCGCGCCCCAAGAGCAGGAAUACCAGCAGGCCCUGUUGCUGGUGGCUGCCCUGGCAGGCCUGGGCUUGGGCCUGAGCCUCAUUUUCAUUGCUAUCUACCUCAUCCGCUUCUGCUGCCGGCCCCCCGAGCCCCCCGGGGCCAAGAGCGCCACCCCCGGGGGAGGCUGCGUCACCUGGAGCUGCAUUGCUGCCCUUCUCGUCAGCUGCGCCGGCAUCGGCAUCGGUUUCUAUGGCAACAGCGAGACUAGUGACGGGGUGUCCCAGCUGAGCUCUGCCUUGCUGCACGCCAACCACACACUGAGCGCCAUAGACCACCUGGUCUUGGAGAUGGUGGAGAGGCUGGGCGGGGCCGUGAGGACAGAGCUGACCACUCUGGAGGAAGUGUUCACGCAGCGCACAGAGCUGGUGGCUGCCACCCGGGGGGCUCGGCGGCAGGCGGAGGCCGUGGCCCAGCAGCUACAGGGGCUGGCCUUCUGGCGGGGAGUGCCCCUGAGUCCCCUGCAGGUUGCUGAAGAUGUGUCCUUUGUGGAGGAGUACAGGUGGCUGGCCUGUGUCCUCCUGCUGCUCCUGGAGCUCCUGGGGUGUCUCUUCACCCUCCUGGGCUUGGCGAAGCAGAGCAAGUGGCUGGUGAUUGUGAUGAUGGUCAUGAGCCUCCUGGUUCUCAUCCUGAGCUGGGCCUCCCUGGGCCUGGAGGCAGCUGCAGCUGUGGGCCUCAGUGACUUCUGCUCCAGUCCGGACACCUACCUCCUGAACCUGACCCAGGAGAAGACUGGGCUCAGCUCAGACAUCCUGAACUAUUAUUUCCUCUGCAACCAGGCGGUCUCCAACCCCUUCCAACAGAGGCUGACUCUGACCCAGCGAGCCCUGGCUAACAUCCACUCCCAGCUGCAGGGCCUGGAGCGCGAAGCUGGCGUCCAGUCCUCCUCGGCUCAGGAACCUCUACUGUCCUUGGAGGAGACGCUGAAUGUGACAGAAGGAAACUUCCAUCAGUUGGUGGCGCUGUUGAACUGUCGCGGACUGCACAAGGCAAGUUCUGUUGGCCCUUCAUCUGAAAGUAUCUGGACUGUGAGCAUGGCUCUUACCACCACUGCCACCCUGGUCACCCUCCCCACGUCCCACCGGCUGGCCCUGGGGCCUUUCCGUGGUCCCCCUGCCUGCCCGCCCCAUCCGCCCUCCCUGCAGUGGCCGUCUGCGGGACUACGGCGCCGCCCUGCGGGGCCUGUGCGAGGACGCCCUGGAAGGCCUGCUUUUCCUGCUGCUCUUCUCCCUCUUGUCUGCAGGGGCCCUGGCCACCACCCUCUGCAGCCUGCCCCGCGCCUGGGCCCUCUUCCCACCCAGGAGUCCAAGCGCUUCGUGCAGUGGCAGUCGUCCAUCUGAGCCCUUCCUCCAUGCCAGACUGGAGUCUGUCCCCCCUCUCUGUUCCCCCCCCGGCUGCCGGAGAAGACCCCACUAACCCAGCCUGACUGGGCUCUCACCACUAACACCACCCCUGGCCACGGACACCAGACAGGGCUCCUCUGCCUCUGCGUGCCCUUGCCCCUGGGAGCAAGUGGAAGGGACAGGCCAGGGUCUGGGGCUGGCAGGAAGGGGUAGCCAGCCAGCCCCAUACCUCCGACCCUGGACACCAGACCCAUCCUUGAAGGGACAUGAGCGCCUGGCCCCUGCCGGGCCCCAGUGGGCUUAGGGCCUUGAUCUCAGCUUGCCGCACUAACUUGGGAAUGGGUUGAUCUGAAAUAAAAGGGAAGACUUUAUUUUA